CAUUUAUCUCAAAGCUUACUAUAAAAGACGAGCCCAUCGUGUUUGUUCUCACACACAAGUCACAACCCGAGCACAGCGUGUCGUUCUGUACUCCGCACAUCAAGCUACAAUGAGGUUUAUUUUACUCUUCGUCUGCGCUCUCGCGCUGUUCGCCUCAGUGUCUGCGGCGCCCUGUUGGGACUAUAGGUGUUCGGGAAGCACUUAUUAUGGUGGAUUGGCGAACCAAAUUAUUUACAGUGCGUUUGGACAAAGAAGUCAGCCUGUUUAUAAUGGUGGAAACUACGACAACGGAGGCUUAUUCGGUGGUAGCUUUGGUUACAGCGGUAGUUUCGGCUAUGGUGGUGGUGGGGGUCAAGGAACUGGUAGUGGUGCUGGCUAUGGCAACAAUAGGCAGCGAAAUUGUCCAACAUGCGGUAUUAGUAACUUUGGCAAUGGGGAUCACAAUGUGAAUAAGAUAACUAUAAUCACAAACUACGGUUAAGUGUUCUUAACCAUGAUAGUUAUUCAUGGAUUUAGGAAAUGGUAUUAUACAAAGCUUCUUCACUUAACUUGUGAUGAUGUAACUGUUACCGUGAAUGUAUUUAAUAAGAAUUACGAAUAGACAGAUACUGUAAGCGACUCUGAUUAUGACUACCUGCCUCAUAUAAAUUAAGUUUUAAAUGAUUCUGUAUUAUAAGAUGCAUUUAUUAAGUUUAUAAUAUAAAUAAAUAGUUAUAGUCGACAUAUAUAUUAAAUUUUAUUCUAAUAAAAACAUAAUAUUCUUUUAAUAUCUAAUGUGACAUUUCAUAACUCAGUGUGUUUAACUAUGAAUCUUACUGUUCCUAUUAAAAAAGAGGUUUGUGUGUAUAAUACUUUUUUAUCACAACCCGC